UGGAUGCACAGGCAUCUGCCUGCCUUUGCAGAGAGCCUAACACAGGAGCUCAGAGAGGUGUGAACUGCCCCAUUCAUCAAAGUGGGGUAUAUCUGAUUAUACCAUGGCUUCUAAUGGAAAAGACACAACUAUGGCAUCUCCAGAGCAUGGGGAGGAAGAGCAACAGAAUGUCUUGAGGAGGGUGGCCAGUCUACCUUUAGUCAACUCUGCCUGUGAUCUGGCUGCCACUGCCUAUGCUUCCACCAAGGAGAGCCAUCCCUAUGUGAGGUCCAUCUGUGACAUGGCAGAGAAAGGAGUGACCUCCAUUACCAAUGCUGCAGUUAGCAGUGCACAGCCAGUUGUAACUAAACUUGAACCUGAGGGGACAACAGAGGAGGAGUGUGUUUCUGAAGUACCUGACAAAGUGGAGGAGAAUCUACCAGUCCUUCAACAGACUGCUGAUGAGGCUACAUCUGAGACACAGGAGUUGACGUCUGUCAGUCUGGAAGAGGUCAAGGAGACCAUGAUCAGAGUGGUAGAUAUGACCGAAGAGGCUGUGCAGGACAGUAUGAAGACCACCAAAUCAGUGGUAACUGACAGCAUGAGCACAGUUGUGGAAUCAAGAAUGGGCCAAUUGGCCAUAAGUGGAAUGGAAGCAGUGCUGGAGAAAUCUGAAGAGCUCUUGGAUCACUAUCUUCCCAUGACAGAUGAUGAACUAGCUGAACUUGCUGAAUCUGUGGAAGGGGCUGAAGUGUCUUCAGCACAACUGCAAGAGCAUCGGAGUUACUUUGUGCGUUUAGGCUCCCUGUCAAACAAACUCCGCCAACGUGCCUACCGCUACUCCCUAAACAAGAUGAGACACACCAGUCAAAGCAUCAGAGAGGCUCUUUCCCAGCUUCAUGAAACCAUGGGACUGAUUGAAUACCUUAAGCAAGGUGUUUCUCUUCAAGAAGUCCAGGAGAAGUUCCAUCACAUAUGGCUGAGCUGGAAUAGAGAGCAGCCAAAAAGCAGUGAAAUCAAGGAUUUGGCAAAACCAGAGAUGGAGUCUGAGACCCUGGCUAUGUCCCGCAGCGUUAUCCAGCAGCUGCAGGAUGCCUGCCAGAUGCUAGUAUCCAGCAUUCAAGGUCUCCCCACCAACUUUCAGGAUAAGGUGAAACAGAUGUAUCACAACAUGGAAGAGCUUCAUGCAUCCUUCUCCACUGCCCAUUCCUUCCAAGAUCUCUCCAGCAGCCUCCUAACCCAGAGCCAGGAGAUGGUGACCAAGGCCCAGGAAUAUGUAGAUGAGCUGAUGGCAUACGUGAUGGAGACUACUCCUCUGUCUUGGGUUGUGGGACCCUUCAUCCCAUCUGAUAAGAUGUCUGCAGAUGCCAUGGAACCACAAAAUCAAGAAAAUGAGGCUGAGGAAGCCUCCAAGUCUAAGGAGGCCCUGUGACCUAGAAACCUGAAAUUUCUAAGGAAGAAGGCAAACUCAUUCAGUCUUCCUUCUGACUUCAUGUGUACUAGCAUACUUCAGGAAAGACACCAGUGGCUAGUGCUUGUAUGCACUGUGCCUAAAUCUCUCUACUAAUUUCUGGAGGUGUUGUGUGACUGCUAUAAUGUAGAUCACUUCUCAGCUCAGAUACUACUUGUUUGUGUUAUCACUGUCUUCAAAAUAAAAUGUCACUUCAUUUG